AACUUAAUCUAUUUUAAGAAAAACCCAAAUACCUUCUCGAAACAAGAUCUUGUUUUUUUAAUGGGAUAAAUUCAUUCUUAGAAUCUAAAGUGUGGAUUUAGGCAUUAUGCCAGAACUAAUUUAUUUAGUUCUUGCUGUCAGGAGGGAGAAAAAAAUGGUAAAGUCAAAACUUCUUGCUUCCCAAGCUUAGACGUAAAAGUGCAAUUAUUAGUUGGGAGGUGCUCUUUUUUUAUUACUUUGUUAAUGCAAGAUGAGCUGUCUAACCCAAUAGGAAUUGGCUUGGUCCACACGAGUUAUUACAAACCAAAAGUUCUUGAUGCUCAAGUCUCUCAAUAUAUAUAAACAUAGACAAAGGCACAACCUUUACCAUCCUUUCUUCAAGCCCUCAUCAAACUUUGCCAGAAAAUGAGGAGGGAGGGCCGUCAGCAUGGCAUGGUCCGGACAUACCAGAUCUUGCCGGUCCCUUUGAACCCGAGAUCAGAACCCCGGUUUCCUCGAAGACUUGACUCGCCCCCGACAGCCGGGUUGUUCACAAAGGUGCCUGCAAAGCCCACCAACCACUCCAAGUUCACAGGCAAAUGUGGGCAGUCACGGUGCUUGGGGUGUCACAUGCAUCCGGUUUGCAAGUCCAAGGACAAGACCAAGGGGAGCCACAAGCUUAGGUCUAUUGACAUGCUUGCCAAUUACCGGAUGAUUACUUGGCGGAUCGUGGAUGGCCGACCCGGUUUGAAUUACUCUGGGUUUUCUGCCACAGGGAUCUUGGACUAUUUGGCCAACAACCACCUCGAUGAUGAUGAUGAUAAUGACAACGACGAAAUGGAUGAUGAUGAUGAAUCAAAUCACGUCCCACAGAGUGAUAGCUCACCGGAAAAUUUACCAAUGAUUGAAGAACAUGUCAAGGAAGACGAAAAAAGAGGUAAUGAUGGCUGUGUUAUUGAUGAUGAUAACAUGGGUUUUGUCGAUUUGGGAUUUGAAUUGGAUCAAAAUGAGGUAGAGGAAGGUUGGUAUUUAGUUGGAGAAAUUUGAUGAUUGUGGCAAUUUGGUUAUCCAAUGUUGUUUUGUGGUUGUUGGUGAACAGUGUGGCUCGAUGGAUGAUGUAUUGGAAUUCCUCUUUGGAACAUAUUUUAAUAUUAUGUUGCGUUAAUGAAAUAAGGUUGACGCACUCGUAUCGCCUGCUUUGAUCGGGUGCAUUUAAAUUC